UAAGCCUGUCUGGGCUGUCUCAAGCGGACCACCGUACAAAACUUCGGAGUUAUUCCUCUUGACUUGUGUAAUGUUUACGAGUCUGCUAGAUUCAUUGUUGUCAUUACAGUCGGUUUCAAAAAAUGGAUAAUGCCAAACCAGGGGAUCUGAAAGUGGAAAAGUGGAACGAAGAGAAAGACGGAAAGUUAUCAGAAUCUAGUUUGGAACAAAAACUUCGAAGACAAGGAUAUAAGUUCAUUAGAUACGAUUUUCCACCAGGAAUGCAUUUUCCCGAUCACACCCAUGGGGUGUCUAAGAAAGACGCCAUUUUGAGAGGACAGAUGAAGUUUUGUAUGUAUGGACAGACCGUUAUUCUUGGCCCAGGGGACAUGAUUCAGGUGCCUCAGGACAGAGUUCAUAACGCUACGGUGGUAGGAAAGGAUUUCUUGGUGUUUUAUGAUGCUACUAGAGAUCCAAACGCCGAAAUCACUAAAGAAGAACUCGACUCUGAAGAAAAUUGAGAUUAAUUUGAAGCGUUCACUAGUUUUUAUGUUAUAUAAAGUUUGCUUUUAAAAGAUA